AUGAAUCAAUUGUGGGACCCAGCUGGUUUGUACGUCGAUGAUGAUCAAACUAUUUAUGUCGCUGAUAAAUUGAAUCAACGUAUUGUGGCAUGGAAAGCUGGUGCAUCGAAUGGCCAAGUGGUUGCCGGUGGAAACGGGGCUCAUCAAUUGAAUCAAUCUUUCGACGUGAUUAUCGACAAAGAGAGAGAUAGCCUCAUCAUCUCCGAUUAUACGAAUAGAAGAGUAGUCCGAUGGCCUUUGCGAAAUGGUACUAGUGAAGAAACAAUCAUUUCGAAUACUGAUUGCAUAGGUUUGGCAAUGGACGAGAAUGGAUCACUUUAUGUUGUUGACUUUGGAAAGCAUGAAGUGAGACGAUAUCGAAUUGGUGACACUAAAGGGACAGUGGUUGCAGGUGGCAAUGGGCAAGGAAAUCGUUUAGAUCAACUCUCGCGGCCUUGGUAUGUAUUUGUCGAUCGAGAUCAUUCAGUGUAUGUGUCUGAUUGGAGCAACCAUCGUAUCAUGAAAUGGGAAGAAGGUGCAAAACAAGGCAUUGUCGUAGCCGGUGGUCAAGGACAGGGAAAUAGUCUUUCACAGUUGUCACAACCUCUAGGAAUCAAUGUUGAUCAAUUGGGCACUGUCUAUGUGGCUGAUUUUCAGAAUCAUCGAAUCAUGCGUUGGCCAAAAGGAGCUACACAGGGAAGUGUCAUUGUUGGUGGAAAUGAUUCAGGAGGACAGUCGAAUCAAUUGAAUUAUCCCUACGAUUUAUCAUUCGAUCGACGUGGCAAUCUGUAUGUCGUUGAUUAUGGGAAUCAUCGUGUUCAACGAUUUUCUCUCGAAUGA